AUCCAUCUACCCUUUUACUCCAACUUCCACUUCCAUAGAUCAUUUAUUUAACAAUUUGUACAACACAACACAGUACAAAUUUAAGGCUAGCCUUAAGACUCAAGACUUUGAUCCUUUUCAAGUUUCAUUUGUCUAAUUUUGAUCUGCAUCAUCUGCACUAUCUGCACUAUCUGCAUUACCUGCACUAUCUGCAUUAUCUGCAUUAUCUUCACUAUCUGCAUUACACUGUCUGCAGACUGUACCUACCUACUAGGUAUAUACUCAAAUAUUUUCUCUAUAAUACUAGGUAUUGCCAGCCACAAAUUAUCUUUACUGCUCUGCUCUUCUCUGCCAAAAUAACACCAUCCUGCUUAGGCCGGCCUUCCUCAAUCAACUGUUUUAACUUUAAUCCAAGCCAUCAAUCCAAUCAGGUCAAGGUUAUAUGCCAUACCUGGUCAAAAAUAUUAUCGAAUGGAGGGGGCUUGAUCUGACCAAUGCAUGCAAACAUUUAGAACCAUGUCAGUAAACACUCCUCCUCCUUGUCUUUUCCAUAAACUUUUCCAUCCAAUCUGUUACCACAAGCCUGUCAAGGAGUAUCAAAUGCUUGCUUGGAUGCUCGAAUGCCUGAUUGCUCAAUUUUUCAAAAACUAAUCACAUCAUCGCAUUUAGUAAACCGACAUUCCUUCCUUCGACAACCUGUACCUGGAGACCAACCAUCCACCUCCCCUCUCCCGAUCCUGUCGGAUUCUUAACAUUUCCCCACCCUGGCCAUUCACUCAAGUAAAAGGGAGGGCAGAUGGCACCGGUAGAAGCAACAGUCGCGCUUUCGCAUGUUGAGGGUAUAUCCGAUGCUGCCAGAGCCAGAGAAUUAUACAAGUAUGUACAUGAUUACUAUAGAAGUGUGUUGCACAAACAUAUGAAGAACUUUGGGAAAGAGACACAAAAGAUUCACAGGUCGCGCGGAAAUCAACAAACGGCACUUCUUCCUCUCUAGACCAGUCCGGAAAGAGACUUGUUACUGAUUCAUUUUGUUCUACAUAUUCAUAUUCAAGAGGGCGUUGCUAAUUUUUAUUUCCUUCCAGGUACUACCAACCCACUUCUUCUAUUAAUACCGAAUCAUGUUUUCCAAACCCUCAAAUACCUGCAGAGGGUGGCAAUCAAGAGCUAGGAGUUCAAUCUGACAUAACCUCGACCAAAGUUUCCUCCCCAGAUACAUCAUUAACUGCAUUCUGCCAGCUUGUAUCUUGGAGGUUAGGAGCGCAAAGAACAAUGAUCAGGUAACUUUGAAGAGAAUUUUAUGCUCACUACGCAGCUGACAGACCCCACCAGUCUUAUCGAUGAUGGCACCCAGUACUUUAUUGCAGAAAGCACCAAAUCCUUGGAUCUUGUGGAUGCCACAAAACACAAACCAGGUGAUGAGCUUUGGCUAGGCUGUACUUCUGUGACAAAGGCUGGUAGAUUGUGCGAGAGGUAUGACAAAUCAGAGUUUGAAUUUGCGGUCAAGUCGUCAAUUGUGUUUAAUCUUUGCUACAGGACCAUUGAAACUGCCCCAACACUACUAGGAGAAGAGUAUCCUUCAUUUAUUGUCAAUGAUUUAACACUAGAUGAUCGAUUCAAUCAACUUUCUUUUGUUACCGAACCUCCAUCCCUCAGAUUUUACGCAGGAGUUCCGCUCAUCACCAAGCGGGGCAUACCGAUCGGAAGUUUAUUCAUUGUUGAUAGUUAUGCUCGACCAGGAUUGUCCAAGGAUGAGAUCUCUUUCAUGGGCACAAUGGCGACUACUGUCAUGAAGCAUUUAGAGUUAACUCGAGAGGUGGAAGAACAUCGACGUGGCAUGAAAAUGAGUCGAGGCCUCGCAUCUUUCGUAGAGGGCCGUGCGGAACUGGAAGAGGCAGACAUGGAGGCAGAAGAUGGAGAAGGUACAAAGAUUGUUGGCCAGUUUGAGACUGACACCGGUAUCAGACGACAGAAGUCAAAAUCAUCAUCAACGAAAGAUUCUGCAAUGUCAAGUACUGCUUCACUUGCUCUUAGCAAUGGUAAGGAAAAGGGGUACAUGAGCUCAACUUCGCUUGGGCCCACGCAACCUGAGGAUACCGGCUUGACAUCUAUUCGGCCCGAUUUAUUGCGCAAUGGACGACCAGAGAUUGAUUCCAUGACACAGCAUUCAUCCUUUGGAGAAACUACGACAACUGAGCAAUCACCAUAUGACAUGUGCAAAACCGAUACCCCCGAUGAGGAGUUUACCGAGGCAUCGGCUCUAAAGCUGCUAUUCUCUCGCGCUUCCAAUCUCAUCAGAGAGGCAUUUGAGGUAGACGGCGGAGCAGUAUUCUACGAUGCACAAAAAGGGUUCAGCAGUGAUGCUGCGCAACCCACUAAUCAAGAAUCAUUCGUUACUGAUAGCCAGACGAGUGGUGACGAUGACUUUCAAACUGAAUUUAAUUCUAGAUCAUCGAUUUCGCGACCCCCGAAUGGCGGAGAAAGGUCCUUCACUCGGUCCUCGACCAUGUCCCCAACACGAGAAAUAGAAAUCUUGGGAUUCUCUACCCCUGAGGCAUCUUCAAUUAAUGGUGAUGCAUACCCUGGAACUCACUCUUUCCUAUCGUUUGAGGAAAAAUCAUUACACCUGUUUUUGCGCCGGUACCCACGCGGAAAGCUAUGGACUUUUGACUCGGACGGAUCCAUGUCUUCAGCAUCAGAUGAUGAAAUUCUUAAGGGCUAUCGCGGUUCUGCGAAAGAAAACAGGAACAAGACGCGAGGGAAAAACAAGAUUGCUAGAGCUGCAGCGGAUGCAAGAUUUUUGUCGACGCAUUUUCCUGGUGUUCGCCAAUUGUUGUUUGUUCCACUUUGGGAUGCUGGUCGCUCUCGCUGGCUUAGUGCAUGCUGUGUUUGGUCAACAGAACCCACUCGUAUUCUAUCUAAGCAGAAUGAAUUAUCGUUCCUCAGUGCGUUUGGCAAUAGUGUCAUGGCUGAAUGUUCUCGCAUAAGUACCGAAGUUGCUGAUCAGAAAAAAAGUGACUUUAUCGGAAGCAUAUCUCGUAAGCAUCGCCUAAUCCUACCAUAAAGUAGACUAACCCUAAUCUCAACCCUAAGAUGAAUUGAGGAGUCCACUCCAUGGAAUACUUGCAUCCGCUGAGAUAUUGGAUGACCUUUCUUUACCAAAUUUAGCACAAGAACUUGUUGAGACAAUUGACAGUUGUGGUCGCACACUGUUGGAUACCAUCGUGAGUCACCCCUCAUGCCUAACACCCCAUCUCUAUUCCCCAGUUUUCCCCUGGUUUCGAUACUUUCUAUUGACAGCAGCUGACAACUUCUCUCAGAAUCACAUUCUAGACUUUUCUAAGGUUAGUAGUCUUGAGAAAAAUUGGCGCAGAAAUCGUCGAGGUACGGCAAAACGAGUAUCACAAUCGAGUAAUUCUGGUCCCCUGGCUUUACAACAAUCUGAUUUGCCGAUGAUAAAUUUGUUUGCACCUGUGGAUGUAGCAGUACUCUGCGAGGAGGUGGUUGAGAGCGUUUUUGCUGGUUACGUGUUUCAGAAUGGGACGGCGAAAACUUUUGAUAUGGUUUAUGACAUACACGACAAAACCUCCGACUCGAAAAGACAUUCAACUUCAUCUCUUGCCAUACCACCUCCAGCAAGCCAGUCUCCACAAGUAUCAGUCAUUUUAGACAUUGUCCGAGAUGACUACAACUUUACCACACAACCCGGAGCAUUCCGAAGAAUCAUCAUGAACUUGCUCGGCAACGCGUUGAAGUAUACCUCUCACGGUUAUGUGCGAGUUAAGCUGGAAACGGCCCAAUUAGAGGAUCUAACCACUCCUGGAGGCGAGAAGGCCCCAAGAUCUAUGGUAAUCUUGACUGUGACGGACACUGGAAAGGGUAUAUCUAGCGAGUUCCUUAGAUCGAAGCUCUUCACCCCUUUUGCCCAGGAAAAUACCCUUUCCAGUGGAACUGGAUUAGGAUUGUCCAUUGUGAGGAGUAUCAUCAGUCUACUUGAAGGAGACAUCACCAUCGAUAGUGAGGUUGGACGUGGUACUGGUGAGUAAUCCUGAGAUUUCCAGCUGCACAAAUAUAUCAUGUUGAUACGGUGCUAAUCUAUUUUUCCUUCAGAGGUCAGAGUAACCUUACCACUUCUUCGCGAAAUACCAAAAGAUACAUCGCUACCGGUGACGCCCAGAGCUGUAACCUCAUUGUUGCGUGAGACAGAUGAAUCUAUAUCACUAUUGCGAAGUCAAAUAGGUGGUCGUGAAAUAGGACUCUUUAAUUUCAAUCCUCCCACGUUGGACCCUGUGAUUGCGAAGAAGGGAAGGUUUCUCCAAGCGUCUGUCAGGAACUUUCUCACGAAUUGGUAUGAUUUGAAGAUUGUGCCAUUAUCAGCAAACCCAGAUAUUAUUCUUGCCAAUGCUCCGGAUUUAUCUGUUCUCGUGAAUCUUUGCAAGAUACUUCCUCGUAAACACAAACCAUCGAUACUAGUAUUAUCGCCACACUCUUCACGGUUCAACCACUCAUUCUCGGAAGCUGGCAUUAGAGGCAAUGUUACUGUGGUAGCGAAGCCAGUAGGUCCACGAAAACUCGCAAGAGCACUUCGAUCUUGCCUUGAUGGAGCGACAACUAUGAUUGGUCACGCUGUCACUCCUGAUCUAUCUAAUACGGGACAAGCGAGCACUAAUGACCUUAGUAACGUCUUUGAGGAUCUACUUAUUUCUCCUCAUGGGGGUGAAGUACUGGACAAUAGUCGAAUGGCGGCUGAUAGCGAGAAUGCCCGGAAAGCCAUUGAAUCACCAACUCCAAACGCUCUUGUUGAAAAAGGAAAAGAAUUUCCCUUUCCUCUACCUCCCAGGGGCAACACCUCUCCUCCGCGAAGAGAACUUUCUUCAGAUGAGACACUCGCUACUCCCACAGCUGCGACUUUUGGUUACGCUUCUCAACCUAACGCAGCAGUUGGAACUGAGAUUGGCCAACCAGGUGGUUCUUCCGGCGCAAAAACAAGCACACGUCAAUUUUCAAUAGCUGCCGCAGCUCCUGACCCAUUUACCCCUAACUUGCUCCUAGUAGACGACAACAUGAUAAAUCUUAAACUCCUCCGCCAUUUCAUAACAAGGUUAGGCUAUACGACAGUCCACGAGGCGGAAAAUGGACUUGAAGCUGUUAGGAAAUUUGAGGAACGGUCAGAAGGGUAUGAUAUUAUUUUCAUGGACAUAAGUAUGCCGGUACUUGAUGGAUUUGAUGCAACAAAGGAGAUUAGAAAAUUGGAGAAAUCAAGACAAGAGCGAGCAAUAGAAAAUGGUGAGGUUGGGGUGGGCAAGAAAAAAAAUGAAGCACUUGUGGUUGCACUUACAGGAUUGGCUGGUAAAGAUGAUGUGGAGAAGGCGAGGACUUGUGGUAUUGAUCUUUUCAUGACGAAACCAGUGGCUAUGAAGGAGGUAAGAAAGAUGUUGGAGAAUUGGGGAGCGAAUCAAAAGGACUGAGGUGGAAUGAUCAACGAUUGUAAGAUGGAAUGUAGCAUUUGGAUGGAAUUAUGGGGAUAUGAAAAAACGAGAACGAAUUCGAUGGAAAAAUUGCAUCUGGGGGCGUUAUGGAAACAUUGCAUAUGAGCAUUUGCGAUUCAGGGCUCGUGACCUUAAUAGCAAAGGGGAACGAGAAAUGAAUGACAAUUUGGCGUGGCGUUUUUUCUGGAGCUUGAAGAAAACGGGACUCCUUAUACCCUGUUGGCGUGGUAUGCGAAUUUUGCUUUAGAUGGAAGGACGUGUUUGGGUUGGGGUGGAGAUGGGGAUGCUGGGAUAAUUCAAGUUGGAUGAAAUGAAAUGGCAUCAAGGACGAAGGAUGAAGGAUAAUAUACCCAGGAAUAAAGGAAUUGAACGUGAGAGGGAUAGAUCAAUUGACUGAUGAUUGAUGGGAUAGAUUGGGAUGACUUGAUGAGAUGGAUGAAUACAAAUGUACUUGUAUGAAAUAAUGAAAUAAAUAUAUAUCAUGGUCACACAGUUUAUAUUGGGAUAUUCUUGAUCGGUAUAGUAUAUAUGUCCAUAUAGUUGACAAUAUCGGAUCGGCAAAGACCGGAAUCCUUAAAAUAUGUACAAGACGAAAAUCUGCUCUUAUCUUCUCUACUACGCGGUCAGAGCCUUCCCUCCUCUACUUGCAAGAUACACAAGAACAUCCACAAACCCUAAACUCCCACCCCACACCUAAGAAACUGUCACGCUAGCCGAUCCACUACUCUUAUAGCCCUCAACAGCCACAAUCUGAUAAUUAUAAGUACUUCCCAACUGCAAUCCCAGCUUCUUCCAUGCG